GCAGCGCACACACCAGACCCACCCCCUUCCUCCCUUCCUCAUGGUGCGCUUCACGGUCCUCUCCUCGCUGCAGCGGUGCGUGAACCGCGUGCUCGUCGUGGGCGCCCUCGAGACGCUGCAGGCCCAGGGCGCGGCCGACAGCUUCCUGCAGCAGACGCUCGUGGCCGCCUCCGCGCGCGGCGUGAGCUUCUCCGCGGGCGCCAACCCGCUGCUGCUGCAGCACGCGCUGGACACGCUGCGCCCAGGCGCGGACAGCGGCGCCACGUCGGAGCUGCUGCUGGCCCCCGAGGCCAAGGGCGUCGACGCGCUGCACGUGACGCUGCACGCGCUGCCCACGCAGGUCUCGCGCUCCAACAGCGCGGCCCGCCCGCACGCCAUCGCGUCCUUCGUCAAGGGCCACAGCGCGCGCGUGGCCAAGCGCGACGCCAAGGACGAUGAUGACGACGUCGUGCUGGUCGUGCUCAUGCUGCCGGGUCACACGGACACGUGGUUCGCGGCGGGCGCGGCCGUGGCGCGCGCUGCGCCGCUGUACGAGCACAAGCUCAAGAAGACCAACGCGCUGCCUCCUGUGACGGCCGCCACGCCCGACAAGCUGCAGGUCGUGUACCAGACGCCGCUAUCGGGCGAGCAGACCACGCUCGUGCAGCAUACGGCGGACGCCAUCCAGCUCGCCGCGCGCCUCGUGGACGCGCCGCCCAACGAACUGCACUCGGACGCGUUCAUCGCCGAGGCGCGCGCGGUGGCCCAGCGCACAGGCUCCAAGAUCACGGUCAUCCAGGGCGACGAGCUGCGCGACCAGGGCUUCGGCGGCAUCUACGGCGUGGGCAAGGCGGCCACGCACAAGCCGGCGCUCGUGUGCCUGAGCCACGUGCCGGAAGGCGCGGCCCAGGACGCCAAGGGCGUGGCCAUGGUGGGCAAGGGCAUCAUCUUCGACACGGGCGGCCUGUCCAUCAAGACGGGCGGCAUCAUGGUCGGCAUGAAGCGCGACAUGGGCGGCGCGGCGGCGCUGCUGGGCGCCUUUGAGGCCGCGUGCCACGCCAAGAACACGACGGACAAGACGCCGCUGCACGCGGUGCUGUGCGUCGCCGAGAACUCGGUCGGCCCCGACUCGACGCGCGUGGACGACGUGCUCGUCAUGUACUCGGGCAAGACGGUGGAGGUGAACAACACGGACGCGGAGGGCCGCCUCGUGCUGGCGGACGGCGUGGCGUACGCUGUCAAGCACCUGAACCCCAAGGUGAUCGUGGACAUGGCCACGCUCACGGGCGCGCAGGGCAUCUCGACGGGCAGCCGCAUCGGCGCCAUCUACACCAACAACGAAGAGCUCGAGGGUCUGGCGGUCAAGGCCGGCAAGAUCUCCGGCGACCUGGUGCACCCCAUGCCGUACGCGCCCGAGUUCCACCGCCCCGAGUUCAAGUCCACCAUCGCAGACAUGAAGAACUCGGUCAAGAACCGCGCCAACGCGCAGGUCUCGUGCGCCGGCCAGUUCAUCGCCAACCACCUUGGCGAGUUCGAGAACACGGGCAAGUGGCUGCACGUGGACAUGGCCUUCCCGUCGUUCACGGGCGACGACGAGCGAGCCACGGGGUUCGGCGUCGCAUUCAUCCAGUCGUUGCUGAAGGAGAUCGACGGCGCGUGCUGGUAAAUAUGAGCAGUUUAUUGUCCAUGAGGUUAGUGCUCUGCCUUAGGCACCUCGACGGGCUUUUUCGGCUUGGUGAGAAUCGAGUCCCAUGUCUGACGUUUUAAAAACUCGAUCAUAUAGUCCUCGCUGAUUUGGCGUCAGGGCUGAAGUGCCCAUUUCGAUGCCC